GGAGGGAGACACAGAAUCGGAAACAGGCUCCAGGCUCCGAGCCAUCAGCCCAGAGCCUGACGCGGGGCUCGAACUCACGGACCGCGAGAUCGUGACCUGGCUGAAGUCGGACGCUUAACCGACUGCGCCACCCAGGCGCCCCUUGUUUUCAUUCUUUAUUGCAGCGUUUGAAACACAGUGUUGCGUAGAAGUGGUGAGCAUAGCGGCUUUUUCUCCAUCGUGGGUAACAGUCCAGUCUUUCUCCAUCCCGUGUGAUGGGCCAGAUGCCCUUUUGUCAGCUUGGAGAUGUACCCUCCCGUUCCUCAUUUGCUGCAGCGUUUCCUUUUCCUGAUCACACAUGGCUGUUGACUUGGGUCAGGUGUGUGUGAUUGCCAGUGGGAAGCGGGGGUGGGGUUGUAACUGCUAAUAAAGCCUGUGUUCCAGGAGUCAUCCCGCUUGGCCCUGGUACGCGGUAGGCUCAACUGGACCCUGUGUUGUUAGGGAUUCUUUGUGUCUAUGUUCAUGAGGGAUGUUGGACUGUAAUUUUCUCUGUAAUACGAGGCUUUGGUACUAGAGUUUCACUGGUCUUGUAAAAUGAGUUAGGUAGUGAUCUCACUUCCUUUUUCUGAGAAAGUUUCUGUAAGAUUGCUGUUAUGUCUUCCUUGAAUGUUCUUUAGAAUCUCCCAGUAAAAUCGUCUGAGUCUAGAGUCUUUUGGGGGAUGUUUCUUAUGAGCAGUUUAACUUUUUUUAGUAGACACAGCUAUUUAGAUUUUCUACUUGUUGUAUUAGUUGGGUGAGUUGCAUUUUUCAAGAAAUUGUCCAUUUCACGUAAGUUGCUGAAUUUGCUGGCAAAAACUUGUUCAUAGCAUUCUCUUACCCUUUUCGUAUCUGGACAGUUGGUGCUGAGAACCCCUUUUAAAUUCCUGACAUUGGGGAUCUGUGUUCACUCUUGAUCAGUCUGAUGAGAGCUUUGUUAGCACCAUGAAUCUUUUCAGUGUAUCUUUUCAGUGGCUGUGGUGUUUUUCUGUCGUCUGCUAGGGUUUAUUUCUACUCUUUAUUAUUUCCUUCCUUCCACUUUGCACUUUCUGGUUUCUUGAUCUUAGCUGGUUUUAGAUUGUUCUUCUUUGGCAGGGUGAGCACGCAGAGCCCCGAGGGUCCCCUGAACUGGGCAUGUUGUGCUGUCCUUGCCGUUCCUUUCAAAAUGGAAGCGUGCCGUAUAACUUCCGGGUAAUCGGGGUUUCCUUAGUACUUACUGACUUCGGUCUUCUUGUAGCCAGAGAACACACCACACCCUCCGUGGUUUCCAUCCUCUUGAAUCAAUGCUCGAAGCUUUGCGUCCCGUCCGAUGGUCUGUCUAGUGAGUGUUCCAGACGCCUGAAAAUAGCGUCUGCUCUGCAGUCGUUGGAUGAACUGCUCUGUGCAUGUCAGAUCGACCCUGUUGAUAAGAUGGCUCAGAUUUUCUGCAUCUUCGUCGCUGUUUUCGGUUGUUUGCUUGUUUUCUCUUCAGCUACUUUUUUUUAUUUUUAAAAUUCCCCGCGAUGGCUGUGCAGCGGUCUGUUUCUCCCUUCAGUUCUUUCAGAUUUUGCUUCAUGUGUUUCGAAGUUGUCAUCGUGCACAUCUGUAGCUGCUCGGUGCCCUUGGGUCACUAUCAGAUGUCUUCCCUCGCGUCCGGUGAUGCUGUUUCUGGACGUCUUUCUUACCUCAGUUACGCGUCUGGUUAGGUUAAACUAAACUCUUCUAUUGUUUAUUUUCUGUGUGUCCUCUCUGCUUCCGUUAGCCCCGUUCUUCUGAACCGUUGGCGUGUUUUGAAGCGUCCCCUGUCCCUGUCGGUUGGCUCUUGGGCCGUCUCUGUGUUGCGUGUCAGCGGCUGCUCUGGGGGACACGGUGCACAUGCCCAGCCUGUCCUCGCCUGCUCGGCGCUGAGGCUGGUGCGGGCCGCUUGCCCCCCACGGUCCCUUUCAUCUCCCCGCGAUCUGACGCUGUCAGGUGGAGGACCUCUGCCUGCGUCGAAAACCCACUGGACGGUAUUAUAAAUAAGUCUUUCUUGCUGUGAUCUUACGUGUCUAAUCUCACCAGGAAAAUUGGCAGUGCUUUUAAGUCAUUUACCUUUUCUGUUGCUGCCUCCCGUUGCUGAAGAUCUGGGUGUCCCUCUGGGGCCUUUUUCCUUCACCUCGGGAACUCUCGAGCAUCUCUUGCAGAGAUGCUUUUUCACCGUCUGAGACCGUCUCGUUCCAUCUCCCCUCCUGAAGGGUGUCCUUGCCGGGCCUGUGAUGCUGGGCGGACAGCCCUUGUCUUAGAGAUAGCACUCCAGGAUGGCUUAACGCGGUGUGGGACCCUGGCUCUGGCCCUGGAAGAGAGAGAGAGCUGUUGGUGGAAAAACUGGUGCACUCCGAAUGCCAUCUGGAGUUUAACCCAAGUCGGGUUCUUAGUUUUGGCAAACGUAUCCCGGUCACGUAAGACGCUAACGUUAGGGGAGACCGGCCAAGAGGUAUAUGGGAAUAUCUUUCACCUUUUUUUUGUAAGUCUAAAAUCAUUCCCAAAUAAAAGUUCCUUGUAGAAACAGUAUGCACUUACAGAAAGGUAACGGGAGGGUAUCCCCGGGGCGGGGGGGAUUGGGGUUCAGCCCAGCACGGGGGGUGGAGGAGGGGAGGGUUUGGCUGCUAUGAGGAUUGAGCCAGUGAACAAACAUGUCCAGGACGCUGGAAGCGGGGACCUGGCAGUCAGAGAGUGGAGUUGUCGAGACAGAAAGAGGAGAUGAGCGUGCGUCCUGCGGUGUGCAGUUGGGCACGUAGGUGUGAAUUCCUGGCUCGCUGGCUGUGGGUGGACAGGCGUAGCAGUGACGCACAGGUGGGUGUGCGUACCUCUGUCUGCCCUCCGGGCCCCCCCUGAGAGCCCGCAAGCUGCGAAACCCCAGCCUGCCCAGCGGGCACAGGGGCUUCUGAAUCCCAUUCUCCACUCACAGCAACGGGGGCUUCUUGAGUAAAGGCUGAUCUCAGGGUCUUCUGGGGAGAAUACGAAGUGAGCCCGGAACAUUUUGUACCCAGAAGCAGGGAAGUCCUCAAAGAUUGAUGGGCCGCCACUGGCCAAACUGGGGACCGUUUGAACAUGAUAGAUAGAUAUGUAGAUAGAUAAAUAAAUAUGUAAAUAGAUCAUAAAUAACUAAACGCAUGCAUAUCCAAGUGUAGCUCACUAAAACAGAAAAGCACGAGCCCACGACGGUGAAUAAAUGGGGAGCUGAUGAGGAGGGGGAAGCCGGCAGGGACCCCAGAGGGCUGGAGCUCAGAGUGCAUCAGGAAAGGACCAAGGAGACCCGGCCCUCUGCGGGGCUUGUGUGACAUUCUUGUCACGAGGGGAGGGGACGUCAGUCAGACGGGGGACACACACCUGCUGCAGGACACCUGGCCCGUGGCCUCGAAGCGUCACUGGCACGAGAGCCAAGGCGAGGCUGAGGAGCGUCCCAGGCUAGGGAGGCUGAAGGGAGGGCCGUGCGUGUGGCCGGAGGCCUGCUCGCGGGGGACGCCGGCUCCACGGGGGGCACGCGUGGGGUGAUGUGGGGCGUCAGGUCGGCAGCUUCCCCGCAGGCGAUUCAGGAAGGAAAGGGUCCUUCACCCCCGACUCUGCCUUUUCCAUGACUGUGACAGUUUCCAAAUGAGAAGCAAAACUCUUCAGUGCCUUGCUAGGAGAAGAAUUCCCACAAAGAAUGUAUCCCUUCCCUGUGGAACCCGAAUGUGGAGCUGGAGGCUCACGGGAGGGGCUUCUAAGGUCCAAGCAAAUUCUGUCUCCUCUCCUGCUGUGUUACACACUUGGUGGCUUUCUAACUUUUUUUUUUUUUAAUAUUUAUUUAGUUUUGAGACAGAGAGUGAGCAGGGGAGGGGCAGAGAGAGAGGAAGACACAGAAUCCCAAGCAGGCUCCAGGCUCCGAGCUGUCAGCACAGAGCCCGACGCGGGGCUAGAACCCACGAGCUGUGAGAUCAUGACCUGAGCUGAAGUCGGAUGCUUAACCGACUGAGCCCCCCAGGCGCCCCUCUAAUUAUAUUUUAAACAUUACGUGUACGUUUCUUUUCCUAUUUGCGUGUAUAUUUCAUACUUAGAAACGGGAGGGAAACUUUCUGAGUUUUCUUUUACGUGGCACACGUGUGCCCACGCAUCAGGGACAUCUGAGAGUGGGUGGGUAUCAGGCCCUCACAGCAAAGGGAGAAGGGGCUGUCACCCCUAGAGUGCCAGGUCCCAGGCUGCCUCACAUGUGGCCUUGGCGCCUACAGAUGUGUGGGCACUGGUAAGGGUGUGAGCAGCCCCCAGUUAGGGACAGGUGGCUCACACUGAGCACGAACGUGGGCGGCCUGUUCACGGGGAUUAACUCGGCCUGUCCUGCCAGCCCCGUCCCAUUGACAGAUGCACAGAGUGAGGCCGCACAGGGAAGAGUGCUUCCGGGUCCACACUGGGGACAAGGGGCAGAGGGGAUAUUUGCUUCCAGUCUGGGGGCGUAACCACCGCGCUCCAUAGCCCGUAUUCUCACUGGUCCAGUUUGGCUAUUUUUGUACUGCACAGGAUAACCCACUAAUAUUUGAGUAAUUGAGUGUUUUAAUAUAUUUUUUAAUAUUUAUUUUGAGAGGGUGCACACACAAGUGGGGAAGGGGCAGGAAGAGAGAGUCCCAAGCAGACCCCGUGCUGACGUAGGGCUCGAUCCCACAAACCGUGACACUGUGACCUGAGCUGAAAUCAACUGACUGAGCCACCCAGGCCCCCCUGGGUGUUUUAAGAACUUUUUAUUUGAGGCUCGGGUUUUCUUCUUAAUGUUCUCACUGAGCAGAUAUUUGAUAACCUGUAGAGGAGUGCAUCCAGUGCUGCGGGAGGUUUAACGAUUUAAAUCCUUUGUACACACAUCUUGCUCCCAAGUAAGACAGAGGCUGAGAAGGGCAGGUGACCCUUCCUGGCUCGGAGCUGAGAGUGGUGAUGGAAGACAGUCCUGUUAGUGAGUUUGUUUACGUGUUUCAAAACCACACAUGGAGAUACUGCCGUGCACAGGCCUUUUCUUUAGUUUCAGUUUGCAGGGUUGUGGGGUUUUUUUUUUUUUUUUUUUAAGUUUAUUUAUUUUGAGAGAGAGAGUCCCAAGCAGGCUCCGCUCUGUCCGCGCAGAACCCGACUUGGGGCUCCAUCCCACAAGUAUGAGACCAUGACCGAAAUCAAGAGUCAGAUGCUUAACCGACUGAGCCACCCGGGCGCCCCUCGGUUUGCAGGUUUAAACCAGGCGUCUGAUUUUGCCAAUUUGAUUUUUGUUAAGGAGCCAUGGUGCCUUCGAGGCUUCUCUCAGUAGGACCGCGGACCGUGUUUGGGGGCGUGGGGCGCUGGACUCGGGUCGCGCCCGGCCAGCUCCCGUGGCACGCUCCCCCCAGGCUGCUCUCGGCCAGCUGUGCGGACCUCUCCAAGCACCAGGAGCCCCCCGGAAAGAAACCGCUCUCCGAGAAGAAGCUGAAGAGGCAUUUUGUGGACCAUCGCCGAGUGCUCAUCCGAGGGGGAUGUGGAGGCGACGGGGUGAGCUGUUUCCACAGUGAGCCCCGGAAGGAGUUCGGAGGCCCCGACGGUGGUGAUGGAGGUGACGGUGGCCAUGUCAUCCUGAAAGCUGACCAGCAAGUCAAGUCGCUGUCCUCUGUGUUGUCACGGUACCAGGGUUUCCAUGGGCAAGCCGGCGGCCGGAAGAACUGCUCCGGGCGAGGCGGCGCUGUCCUCUACAUCCCGGUCCCUGUGGGCACCUUAGUGAAGGAGGGCAGUGAAGUCGUGGCUGACCUGUCCUGCCCGGGCGCGGAGUAUGUCGCCGCUCGGGGAGGUGCGGGAGGAAAAGGCAACCGCUUUUUCCUGGCCAAUGACAACCGUGCACCGGUGACCUGUACCCCCGGGCAGCCUGGUCAGGAACGUGUCCUCUUCCUGGAGCUCAAGACGGUGGCCCACGCCGGGAUGGUUGGGUUCCCCAAUGCCGGGAAGUCCUCGCUUCUCCGGGCCAUUUCGAACGCGAGGCCUGCCGUGGCGUCCUACCCGUUCACCACCUUAAAGCCCCACGUUGGGAUUGUUCGCUGUGACGAUCACCAACAGAUAGCAGUGGCGGACAUCCCGGGCAUCGUCCGGGGCGCGCACCGGAACAGGGGCCUGGGGAGCGCCUUCCUCAGGCACAUCGAGCGCUGCCGCCUCCUCCUGUUCGUGGUGGAUCUCUCGGAGCCAGAGCCGUGGACUCAGCUUGAGGACCUGAAGUGGGAGCUGGAGCAGCACGAGGCCGGCCUGUCCCGGCGACCCCACGUGGUCGUGGCAAAUAAGGUCGACCUCCCCGAGGCCAGGGCUGCCGUGCCCCGGCUGCGGGCGCGCCUGGGCCCGAGCGCCGUCGCCCUGUCGGCGGCCACCGGGGAGAACGUGGAGGCGCUGCUGCUGCGUCUGCAGGAGCUGCACCGCCAGCACGAGGCCACCGAGCUGCAGCGCGGCCGCCAGCCGCUCAGGUGGUAGGCCCC